GUGUGUGUACGUACGAUAUAUAUAUAUUCCGUAUGUAAUAACAGAUUGACGGUUUCUAAAUAGUCAGUGAUGAUAACGAGACUCAGUGUCCGCGUUUCAUUUGAAACGGUUGGAUGUGUCGAGACGUGACAACCUUGUGUAUAUAAUUAUAAAUUAUCGAGCUUUGUAAAUUAUCAUAGUAAUUAAUUGCAUUAGUUGAUAUUACUGCACAUUCGAUAAAACAAAUAUUUUUAUCUUGAUAUAUUGUAUAGUAUAACAUUUAGCAUGGACGUUGUUAAAGCCGCUAAAUCAUCCACGGCUAGUGAUGAGUUAGGAGACACGCGAGCUAAGAGAUGGAGAAAUUUUAUAGCGUUUUGGCUAAUUGGUCUGUGUAAUAAUUACGGGUACGUUGUAAUGUUAAGCGCGGCUCAUGAUAUUUUGAAAGAAAAAUUUUCUCCACCUGAUUCGGUAGAAACUUCAAAUGAUAUCACAAUUGAAAAUCCGCGAGGUUGUAACCAAGUAUCAACAGGUGCUAUUUUACUGGCUGAUAUAUUGCCGUGUGUUAUAGUAAAACUUACAGUGCCUUUUUUGCCGUUCCAUGUAAAUGUACGAGUAGCGAUAUGCGUAAUAUCGCAAGUUCUGGGUUUUCUGGCUGUUGCAUUCGGCACGACACCUUGGAUCACUAUCUUGGGGGUGGUAUUGACUUCGUUCUCUUCAGGCUUGGGAGAGAUUACCAUACUCAGUCAUAGUCACAAAUACGGAAGAUCAAGUAUAGCUGCAUGGUCAUCAGGAACAGGAGGAGCAGGAGUAGCUGGCGCGUCAUCUUACGUAGGGUUCCGACUAAUAAUGUCUACAGAGACUACCCUUUUGGUAAUGUUAGUGGUUCCUAUUGCAGAAGCUAUCGCUUUCUGGGUUAUUAUGACUCCACCGAACGAAAAAACGGUCCUUAAAUACGGCCUUAGCAGUCAAGAUGAGAUUAUCAAGGCGCCCAAAAAAACAAUUAGAGAAAAAGUCGCGCUGGUGCCUGGAUUGAUGCCUUAUCUUAUUCCACUGUUUCUUGUUUAUCUGUUUGAGUAUUACAUCAACCAGGGAUUGCACGAACUCAUUCAAUUCGAUGGUAUUUGGUUGAACCACGCCGAACAAUACAGAUGGUACCAAGCGGAUUAUCAAAUUGGAGUUUUUAUCUCACGAUCAUCUGCGACUUUCUUCACUUGCAAAAAAAUUUGGCUGAUGGCUCUUUUACAACUCAUUAAUAUCGUGAUAUUUACAACAGAAGCGAUAUAUUUCUACAUUCCAAAUAUUUGGAUUGUUUUGGUGAUCACUUUUUGGGAAGGCCUUCUCGGUGGCGCAGCAUAUGUCAAUACCUUCUAUAAUAUGGGAGAGACGAUCCCCGACAGAGAUUUGAAAGAUUCAUUGGGAAUUGUAUCAAUGGCUGAUUCUCUUGGAAUAGCCCUCGCUGGUACGCUUGCCCUGCCUGUUCAUACUGCUAUUUGUAAGCUCCCACGACCGACGUAAUAUUAAAAAGACUAGUAUAGGUUCUUUUAAGGGGGAACACCACUGUGACGAUCGAAAAAAAGAGUUGAUUUUCGGGAAUCCACAGAUUCGGUAGAAUCUGGCGCCAAGU